UCCGCCCCCAUACUGGCAGCUCGGGGCGGGGUUCAGAUUCAGCCGUCAACAGCUGCAGGGAGAGGGGACCCGUGUCCUACCUGGCAUGGCAUAGGGAGCAGAUUGGAGCCUGGUGAGGAAACGCCAGGUUUCUUCCUCAUCUCACUAAGAACAUGCCUGACACUAUGGGAGAAGUUGAUGAUUUUUGCCCUCAUCUAGACUCCAUCGGAGAAGUCACCAAAGAGGAUCUCAUUCUGAAAUCCAGAGGAUCGUGUGAAUCAUGCAGUGCUGGCGGUCCAAACCUGUGGGCGUGUCUACAGGACAGCUGUCAAUAUGUGGGCUGCGGAGAGUCCUAUGCAGAUCACAGUACGUUACACGCACAGGCUACGAAGCACAAUCUCACGGUGAACCUGACCACGUUCCGUGUGUGGUGCUACUCCUGUGAGAGAGAAGUUUUCCUAGACUGCCGGGCACCACCUCCUCUCCAGACAAACUCCCCUAAACUCAGCCACAGGGAUGUAUCAUCUCCCACUCAUCCAUUGAAGUCUGUCCCCAUUGCUGUUGCAGAUGAAGGCGAGUCUGAGAGCGAUGAUGAUGAUGUAAAGCCCAGAGGUCUUACUGGGAUGAAAAAUAUCGGAAACUCCUGUUAUAUGAAUGCAGCCCUGCAAGCUCUCUCCAACUGUCCUCCAUUGACACAGUUCUUCUUAGAGUGUGGGGGCCUGGUACGGACAGACAAGAAGCCAGCACUAUGCAAGAGCUAUCACAAACUCAUCUCGGAGCUGUGGCACAAGAAACGACCCAGCUAUGUGGUGCCCUCCAGUCUGUCUCAUGGAAUCAAGCUAGUUAACCCAUUGUUCCGAGGAUAUGCCCAGCAGGAUACCCAGGAGUUUCUGCGCUGCCUUAUGGACCAGCUUCAUGAAGAAUUAAAGGAGCCUGUACUUAGUGAGAGCCGGGAGCGAGAAGAGGAAGAAAGAGAGGAGCAGCGGGAGGGAGAUCGUGGCACCAAUGAGGAGGACUUUUUGUCAUGUGACUCGGGAGGCGAGAUGGGGGAUGGUGAUGGUGGUGGAGUGGUGGGCUCCCUUGCAGAAAUGGAACUGCUGAUUCGGGAAGAGUCAGGAAGGGGCCUAUCUGAAAAGGAAAAACUGAAGGAAAGAAGGCUCUCAUACUGUCACAGGAGGACCAGCUCAGAGCAGGCAGACGAGGAUGCAGAUGUGGACACUGCAAUGAUACCAGAGCCUGAUAAUGAAGCCUACAUGCACUGCUCGUCCCGACCCUGCAGCCCCCACCCUCCAGAUUCACACCCUAAGAUCUCCAACAACCCCCCUCGUUCUAGUCCCCUACGCUCUGGACACUAUGUCUUGAAGAAAGCUCAAGUUCUGAAUGGUGGAAAGCGUCGGUCUGAGAUCCGAUAUCGCAGUGUCAUCUCCGACAUCUUUGAUGGAUCAAUCUUAAGCCUGGUCCAAUGUCUAACCUGCGACAGGGUGUCUACCACAAUCGAAACCUUUCAGGACCUGUCUCUGCCCAUCCCAGGAAAGGAGGACCUAGCAAAACUCCACUCAUCCAUCCACCAGAGCGCUGUUGUUAAGGCUGGCACCUGUGGUGAUGCCUAUUACUCUCAGGGCUGGCUUGCCUUCCUUGUGGACUACAUUCGUAGGUUUGUAGUUUCUUGCAUACCUAGCUGGUUCUGGGGUCCAGUUGUAACACUGGAGGAUUGCCUGGCUGCUUUUUUUGCUGCUGAUGAACUAAAAGGUGACAAUAUGUACAGCUGUGAACGCUGUAAGAAGCUACGAAAUGGUGUGAAAUAUUGUAAAGUUUUACGCCUGCCGGAGAUCCUCUGCAUUCACUUGAAACGGUUCCGGCAUGAGGUGAUGUAUUCCUUUAAAAUCAGCAGCCAUGUAUCGUUCCCCUUGGAAGGACUCAACCUCCGGCCUUUCCUGGCUAAAGAAUGUGUCUCCCGCGUCACCAACUAUGACUUAUUGGCAGUAAUUUGCCAUCAUGGGACUGCAGGCAGUGGCCAUUACAUAUCCUAUUGCCAGAAUGUAAUUAACGGGCAAUGGUACGAGUUUGACGACCAAUAUGUCACAGAAGUGCACGAGACAGUGGUUCAGAAUGCAGAGGCUUACGUCCUUUUCUACAGGAAGAGCAGUGAAGAUGCAGAACGCGAGAGACAGAAGGUUGUGUCGUUGGCGGCCAUGAAGGAAUCGGGUCUCUUACAAUUUUACAUCUCUCGGGAAUGGCUAAACAAGUUCAACACGUUUGCUGAACCUGGACCAAUAAGUAACCAGAGUUUUCUGUGUUCACAUGGAGGUAUCCCCCCAAACAAGUAUCACUACAUCGAUGACUUGGUGGUAAUUCUGCCGCAGAGUGUAUGGGAAUAUUUAUAUAACAGGUUUGGAGGAGGCCCAGCUGUGAAUCAUUUGUAUGUAUGUUCAAUCUGUCAAGUGGAAAUUGAGGCUUUGGCGAAACGCAGGAAGACGGAGAUUGAUACCUUUAUCAAGCUGAAUAAGGCAUUCCAGGCAGAGGAGUCUCCCAAUGUUAUAUACUGUAUCAGCAUGCAGUGGUUUCGGGAAUGGGAAUCGUUUGUCAAAGGCAAGGAUAACGAUCCCCCAGGUCCGAUUGAUAACAGUAAGGUGGCAUUAACCAAAAGCAGCGGGCAUAUUCAGUUAAAGCAAGGAGCUGAUUAUGGACAAAUAUCUGAAGAGACGUGGAACUUCCUUUACAAUAUUUAUGGGGGUGGACCAGAGAUUGCCAUAAGGCAAGCCGUGGCCCAGCCACAGGAGGUGGAAAGCCAACAUGGAGAACAGAAGAUUGAAGCAGAAACCAGGGCUGGUUAAUAAAAACUUAGUCCCUGAUUGAUCUACUCAUAUUGCAAGAGCCUUGGUCGCUACUUGUCCAAAAGACGCACUUCUUGAAGCACUUUGAGAAUGAGAUGUGUGCACAGACACCGUGUUUAAUCCUUUGUAUUGUUUGGAUAUAAUGUUACAGAUAGUAAAAAAAAUAUUUAAGAAACAAAAAAAAGCUUAUUUAACUUCCCAGGUCUUGGUUUACUGAACUAUGGAUUAGUGUAAAAAUUAUGCUCAGCAGUGAUACAAGAGCUGUGACGAAGAUCCUUUGUCGUAGAGGAACAAAAAACAUAUUGAUGAGCGUGUAAUCACUGAGGGACUACCACCUAGAAAACAGCAUUGAACCAAUGUUUGGCACGGGCACCCAGCCAUGUAAUGAAGAAAGGAACAGACCUGCCUAAAGCCAGCUUGCCAAUACUUAGAGUACUUGCCUUCUCGAUACAAUGCAACACAUAUUUGAACUGAGACAUGGCCUAUUACUGUUGCACAGAAGUAGACGCUGCAGCCUUAUACAAUGCUCACUCAGUGGUGCCCCCUUGCUGUGGUAAAGCAAUUAGAAAAAAAAAAGAAAAUAAAGCAAUUUGCAAUCAAAUAUUUAUAAUGCAAGCACUUAUCAAUACGUAAUCUCUGUCAACACAAGGACUGCUGUAGAGUUCCAUUUUCCAUUAGACAAUGAAGAUACAAUUUUAGAAGCCCUUUAGCUUUUUUUCCUCUGCUGGUAUCUGCCUCAGAACUACUGUUCCUCCUUACUCACUGUGAUGUGCAUGUUGGUGUUUUAACUGUUUAAACUAUUCUGUACAGAUUCAGUAUUACAAGGCUUGUGCUAAGCUAA